GGGGGCUCACUUUGGACCUUGGUGGCUGACUUCAGAGUCAUCGCUCGCGCGAGCUUUUUUCCGUGCUCUCUGCCUUCUUCUUCUCGGAACUUCUUCUUCAAAUACCGUAGACCAUUCUUGUUGUUUCUCAGCAUCAAUGAAAGCAACACAGAUGUAAGGGCCUGGAUUUUAGUUUUUGAUAUCUGUAACUAAAAAGCGUGUCAAAAUCACGAGUUGGGCUCUUUCUAUUGGAGUUCUAAUUGGCCGCAGGAAUGGGUUCCAGGCGAAAUAAUUUUGUGAGGUUUCCAAGUUGGAGUUCGGAGAAAUCUUCCAGUUUUGAGCAUCAACAUUCCAUGAACGAUCGAAAAUUUUCAAGAAACAGUUCUAGAGCCACAUUUGACAGAUUUUUUGAGAGUUUUCUGAAAGGAUUUGGGAGAGGGUCAGAGACAAUUAGAGGUUUGAAAAACAACCCAACAAGCAUCCCUUCUGUAGAUCAUGAUCAGCCACGAAAAGAUCACUCAGGUUCUAAGAAAACUAAAAUCUUUGACCCUCAGGAUCAAUUUCUUCAAACAUGGAACAAAAUAUUUGUUCUCUCUUGUAUGGUGUCAGUGGCAUUGGACCCACUCUUCUUUUACACCCCAGUUUUUAAGGUGGAUGAGGAGAAGAAAUGCUUAGACUGUGACUCGGACAAAACUUUGGCGAUUAUUGCUUCUGUUCUUCGUUCAGUCACAGAUGUUUUUUAUGCAAUUCAUAUAUACUUCCAGUUUCGAACUGGGAUUAUCCCACCUUCUUCUCGUCAUGUGUUUGGAAGGGCAGAGUUGAUUGAUGAUCCUAUGGCAAUCGCAAAAAGAUAUUUGUCCUCAUACUUCAUUAUCGACAUUCUGGCAAUCGUUCCCUGCCCACAGGUGGUGGUACUUUGGCCGCGAAAAAGUAAAAUGCCAUGGUUGACGAAGGAAAUGUUGAAGUCAGUAAUCUUCUCCCAAUAUGUGCCGAGGCUUUUGCGGAUCUACCCACUAUAUGUAGAAGUAACUAGGACCUCUGGCAUUCUGACUGAGACAGCAUGGGCUGGAGCUGCUUAUAAUCUUUUCCUCUACAUGCUAGCUAGUCACGUAGUUGGAGCCUUUUGGUACUUGUUUGGCAUAGAACGACAGGCUUCUUGCUGGAAACAAAUGUGCAGGAACAUUACAGCUACCGGUUGUCAAGAUCACAGUUAUUACUGCAGUGAUGAUAAACGGAAUAGUACUGAACGUGGCUACUGGGGUAAUAUUACUCUGGAUUGUCGUAUUGUCGAACCAGACGAUAAAAACGAAACCUCAACUACUGAUCCGUUCGACUAUGGAAUAUUUACUAAAGUUUUGAAGUCUGGAGUGGUGGCCGAAUCAAAUAUUACAAGGAAAGUGUCUUACUGCUUCUGGUGGGGUUUGCGUAGUCUGAGUUCUCUUGGCCAAAACUUGGAUACGAGUACAUAUUUCUGGGAGAUAGUCUUUGCUGUUUCCAUAGCCAUCGCUGGGUUGGUCUUAUUCUCAUUACUUAUAGGCAAUAUGCAGAGAUAUUUGCAAUCCACAACAGUGAGAGUAGAAGAAAUGAGAGUGAGAAAGACUGAUGCCGAACAGUGGAUGUCCCAACGUAUGCUCCCUAACAACUUAAGGCAGCGGGUUAGACGAUAUGAACAGUACAAGUGGCUAGAAACAAGAGGUGUGGAGGAAGAGAAUCUCAUCCGUAACCUUCCUAAGGAUCUCAGAAGGGACAUAAAGCGCCAUCUUUGCCUCGAUCUUCUUAAGAAGGUGCCCAUGUUCGAAAAGAUGGAUCAACAACUAUGGGAUCCAUUGGUUGAUCGCCUCAAACCAGUGCUUUACACACAAGACAGCUACAUUGUUCGUGAAGGGGAUCCAGUGGACGAGAUGCUCUUUAUCAUGCGAGGAAAUCUAGCCACUUUCACUACCAAUGGUGGAACAACUGGUUUUUUCAACACCGCUGACCUUAAAGCCGGCGACUUUUGUGGAGAAGAGCUUCUUACUUGGGCCCUAUAUCCCCAGUCCUCGACCAAAUUCCCAAUUUCAACAAGAACAGUGGAGGCAAAAACAGAGGUUCAAGCCUUUGCUCUAAUGGCCGAGGAUUUGAAGACUGUGGCUUCUCAGUUUCGGAAACUUCACUGCAAGGAGUUGCAGCACACUUUCAAGUUCUACUCCCAACAAUGGAGAACAUGGGCGGCCUGUUUUAUCCAAUCAGCUUGGCGCCGCUACUCUAAGAAAAACCAUGAGAGGGCUUUGCGUGAUGCUGAAAAUAGACUGCAAUUUUCUUUGGCAAAUGAAGCUGGGACCUCGGCAAGUCUUGGUGCAACUAUUUAUGCAACAAGGUUUGCUGCUCAUUUACUUCGAGCCGUGCGACGACCAAACGGUGGACGCACCACUACCAGAGCGCCACAAAAAGUGCUACAGCUACUACCACCGAAGCCUGCUGAGCCAGAUUUCAGUGCUGAAGGAUGUGUGUGAAAGAAUUGAAAGAACCGUGUCAACCACCAAACUACGAUAACUUCGUCCCUCUUCCAGCUGGAUGCAGCGGAAAUGUGAGAUUUACACCGUCCAAUUGGAAGUCGACACAUCAACCACCUAUUUUGUUUUACAUUAAACCUUGAUGCACUGGAUUAUAUCCUAUGCAUUAUGAAAUCAUCCUUAUGUCGUGUUCAUCCUUUUAUUGUGUGAAGAGACAAGUGUGUGAUUUGUUGCUAAAAUACCUCUACGAGAUUACAAUGAUGCAUGAUUAUUGUUUUAUAUGUAAAUAUUGUAUUCGUUA